AUGAGUUCUCUGCUUCUGUUCGCUAGCAUCCUGCACUUGAUAAAUUCCCGGUUCGAGUUUACGAACGUCGAGUGCACUUCGCUGAGUAAGAAAUUCGGGGAGUUUGAGUACUGCUAUCUGAAGUCGGUAAAUCGGACCUUUAAAUAUUGGUCCGCGAAACUCAAACUUUAUCAAAAGCCGAUCAAAGCUCUCGAAGUAAAUCUUGCGCUGAUGAAAAGAUUCAACGGAUAUAAGCCUUUCCUGUAUAACAUAACUGUCAAUGCCUGUAAAUUGUUUGUCAAUCCCAAGUCAAGUCCGGUGGCGAAGUUCUUCUAUGAUUCGAUACAGACCUUCACCAAUAUGAACCACUCCUGUCCCUACAAUCAUGACAUUUUAUUGGAUAAGCUCCCAAUCGAAUUUGUAAAUCACCGACUUACUAAGAUUCUGCCCUUUCCCGAGGGAAAUUAUCUCAUUCAGACCCAUUGGUCAAGCUCGGGAUCUCCUUGCGCUUUGAUAAAAGUAUAUGGCACCCUUUCUUAA